AUGGCGUGGCGAUGCUCGGGAUCUAGCAACAAAGAAUUGGUGGAUAAUUUGUUCCGGGGUGGGUUGAUUACGAGUUCGAGGGUACGAGAUGCUAUGAUGAAGGUCGACCGCGCACAUUACUGUCCAGAACCGUCAUAUGCCUAUGAAGACUCUCCCCAAUCUAUCGGCCAUGCAGCCACGAUCUCAGCACCGCACAUGCACGCCUCAGCUGCCGAGUCCCUCCUCCCUUACCUCAAGCCCGGAGCCCGAGUUCUAGAUAUCGGUUCUGGCUCGGGAUAUUUAACUGCUGUAUUGGCAGAACUUGUGUAUCCGCAGGAAGCGGAUGGGAAGGGCGAGGCGGGCAAGGCGAGAGUGGUGGGAUUAGAGCAUAUCAAGGCGCUGAGAGAUAUGGGAGAGAGGAAUAUGAUGAAGAGCGAGAGGGGAAAGAGCUUGCUUGGGGAGGGGAAGGUUAGUUUUGUUGUGGGGGAUGGGAGGAAGGGGUGGAGUGAGGGUGAGGAUGAGGAGAAGGGUUGGGAUGCUAUUCAUGUCGGGGCUGCCGCCGUUGAACUCCAUCAGGAGUUGGUUGAUCAACUCAGAAGUCCUGGACGGAUAUUCAUCCCGGUGGAGGACCCGGAUGGGUAUGGACAGCAUAUUUGGACCGUGGAUAAGGAUGCCAAGGGGCUAGUUACGAAGAAGAAGUUGUUUGGUGUGAGAUAUGUACCGUUGACCGAUGCGCCGAAGUAG